AAUACUUGGCAAGUGUAAUAAAAGGCAACUUUGGCUUGAAAGAAGUCACGACGGCAGCACCACUAACAAUCGGAUUUCAUCGAUACCCUCAAUCGGUUCAACACGUGCGCCGCGACUAGGCGGUUUUAUAAAUAUUACAAAUUCCAUAAUGCAGAACGGCGAGGGACAAUCCGGCUGGAACUUCUCAGCAGGGGACAGAAAACAGUUUUCCAAUUACGGGCGCAACAAUCAGCAGAGGCGCAGCGGUGGUGGGGGAGGUGGGCAAAACCACUAUCGCCAGUCCAAUGGAAAUUGGCCGGACGCAGGACCAGAAGGUGGUCAGAAUGGGAACUUCUUUAACAAGUUCAGAGAUCCCCAACAGCAGCUAAAUAAUCAUCAGCAAAACAAGAGAGGCGGCAAAAGGACUAGAAGCGGGGGUGGUGGUGCUGGUGGUGGCAGGCGAGGACACCGCGGCAGAGAUUCCAAUAGGCGUGGUGGACGCAACAACUCGUGGCACGCUAAGGAUCAGCAUGUCAGUCCGGGCGAAAGUAACAUGCUGUACUACGAUAACGUGGGGGACUUCACGGAAGACCCACCUCUGCCUCGAUCCUCGCCUGCUCCCUCUUCUCUCAGACAGGAGAGUCUGCCACCUGUCACAUUCGCUGCUGACGUGACGCCACCACCUGUAUCUGCACCGGAUGUACCGGUUACGCCAGAAGAACCGACUGUGCCGCUUAUCAAUAUCAAGAAGGAGAAGGAACUGCUGGAGCACAAGUCAAAAAUAAAGCCUUUUGUCAAACCGGAGCCAAAAUCUUCUAAUAAGAAGAAGGUUAGCUCCUCCAGGUCAUCAAGCAGCUCGGAAGAAGAGUCCGAACCCGAGCCUGGAGAAAUGGUAAUCAAAACGCAGGCUGUUGUGGCAUCGUCCCCAAAAACGAAGGCCAGCAAAACACCAGUAGCAUCAGCCCCGAAACCAAAAGCUGUGAAACCUGCCUCGUCUUCCGACUCCUCAGCAUCGGACACCGACAGCGAUGACGUACAGAGUCAUCCACCGGAAAAGAGUAAAAAGGCAGCGAUGGAAAAGGAGACUGAGGAGGAUGUGGUCUGCAUGGGUUCUCAGGAGCGCCAGUUUACUAUUACGGAUGAGGAGGAAAGCAGCGAGCUUGAAGAUGAAGACGACAAGAAGGCCAAAAAACAAAAAAACAAUAGUAAAAGCGUCCAUGUGUGCGGCAUUUGCGAUAAGAAGGGCCACACCUCCUUCCAGUGCCAGAUGAUAUGUCGCAAUUGCUCCGGAAGUUAUCAUGGUCUCAAGAACUGUCCGAACCCGCCAAAUCUAAACAUUGCCAUUCAGUCGUUUGUAGAAUUUGCCAUGCAGCAGAUGACUGCCUAUCACUGCGAACAACGGUUUGGCUUUCCUGCUGGCACGGUCGCAGCUCCAGUUGCAUUGCCAGUGUCAGCAAAACCCAAGAAGGACAAAAAGACGCCAAUAAAGAAGAGUAAGAAGACGUCGCAGAAAAGGAUGAAGGUGGAGCCGAAGGAUCAUGACGAGGACGAUGACGACGAAGACGAUGAUGACGAUGAAGAUGCCAGCAGUGAGAGCGAAGACUCGGAGUCCAGUGAUGAGCCUCAGCCAGCACCUGUGUCCAAACAGAAGCGGAAACGAGGUACGAAAGCCGCCGUCUCGGCCGCAGCCAAUCUACCUCCGCAAGUGUUUCCAUUUCCCCUUCUGGGCGCUCCGGGUGCCCCUUAUAACUCCAUGAUGUAUUCCUAUGGAGCUCCGUUUAGUUUUCCUAAGUAGUUAUAGCGUCAGUUAGUUGUAGAGGAACGUAAAAGAUAUAUGUACCGAAGAAAUGCUAGAAUACA